CAGGCCUCCCGGGACAGGACCGCUGGCCGCUGCCGCUGAGGGAAAGUUGUGGGGACCUGUCGGCGCAAGGGACCGCCAGGAUGAAGCUGGUGAGGAAGGACCUGGAAAAGGACAAUGCGGGGCAGGUGACGCUGAUCCCCGAGGAGCCCGAGGACAUGUGGCACACCUACAAUCUGCUGCAGGUGGGUGACAGCCUGCGGGCCUCCACCAUUCGGAAAGUGCAGACCGAGUCAUCCACGGGCAGCGUGGGCAGCAACCGCAUCCGCACCACCCUUACCCUCUGUGUGGAGGCCAUCGACUUUGACUCGCAGGCUUGCCAGCUGCGGGUCAAGGGCACUAACAUCCAAGAGAAUGAGUAUGUCAAGAUGGGGGCCUACCACACCAUCGAGCUGGAGCCCAACCGGCAGUUCACUUUGGCAAAGAAGCAGUGGGACAGUGUGGUGCUGGAGCGCAUCGAGCAGGCCUGCGAUCCAGCGUGGAGCGCUGAUGUGGCAGCUGUGGUCAUGCAGGAGGGGUUGGCUAACGUCUGCCUGGUCACUCCAAGCAUGACGCUUACCCGUGCCAAGGUGGAGGUGAACAUCCCUCGCAAGCGGAAAGGGAACUGCAGUCAGCACGACCGAGCCCUGGAGAGGUUUUACGAGCAGGUGAUGCAAGCCAUCCAGCGGCAUAUCAACUUUGAGGUGGUGAAGUGUGUACUGGUGGCUAGCCCAGGCUUCGUGCGGGAGCAGUUUUGUGACUACAUGUUUCAGCAGGCAGUCAAGACUGACAACAAGCUUCUGCUGGAGAACAGAUCCAAGUUCUUACAGGUCCAUUCUUCUUCAGGACACAAAUACGCACUGAAGGAAGCCCUCUGCGACCCAGCUGUAACUAGCCGUCUGUCUGACACUAAGGCAGCUGCUCUCUUUCACCUCGUUGGCUCUUCCAAUGUUGAUGUGAAAAAUGCAAUGACCUUCAGUGGGCCUCUGGAAGACAUGUUUGGGUACACCGUCCAACAGUAUGAAAAUGAGGAAGGGAAAUGGGUACUUAUUGGUUCACCGUUAGUUGGCCAGCCUGAAAAAAGAACAGGAGAUGUAUACAAAUGCCCUGUAGGAACGGACAGCCAAUCACCCUGCACAAAACUAAACUUACCAGCUGCUACUUCAGUUCCUAACGUUGUGGAAGUAAAAGAAAACAUGACACUUGGAACAACCUUAGUGACUAACCCAAGAGGAGGCUUUCUGGCAUGUGGACCACUUUAUGCUUACAAAUGUGGGCGUCUGCAUUACACAACUGGAGUUUGCUCUAAUGUCAGUUCAACUUUUGAAACCAUAAAGGCAAUUGCUCCGUCUGUGCAAGAGUGUAAAAACCAGUUGGACAUUGUCAUCGUCCUUGAUGGAUCCAAUAGCAUUUAUCCAUGGGAGAGUGUCACAGCCUUCCUCAACAGCCUCCUGAAAAACAUGGAUAUAGGUCCUCAGCAAACACAGGUUGGAGUUGUUCAGUACGGACAGACUGUAGUCCAUGAAUUUUUCCUGAAUACAUACUCGUCAACAGAAGAUGUGAUGGCUGCAGCCACAAGAAUACGUCAGCGAGGUGGUACACAAACUAUGACAGCCCUGGGGAUAGAUACAGCAAGAAAAGAGGCUUUUACUGAGGCUCACGGCGCAAGAAGAGGAGUACAAAAAGUAAUGGUAAUUGUGACUGAUGGGGAAUCACACGACAACUACAGAUUAAAAGAAGUGAUUGAUGAUUGUGAAGAUGAAAACAUUCAGAGAUUUGCUAUUGCUAUUCUGGGCAGCUACAGCAGAGGAAAUUUAAGUACUGAGAAAUUUGUAGAGGAAAUAAAGUCAAUUGCCAGUAAGCCUACAGAAAAGCAUUUCUUCAAUGUUUCAGAUGAAUUAGCUCUUGUAACUAUUGUUGAAGCACUUGGAGAGAGAAUAUUUGCCCUAGAAGCAACAACAGACCAGCAAGCCUCCUCUUUUGAAAUGGAGAUGUCUCAGGCUGGUUUCAGUGCUCAUUACUCUCAGGAUUGGAUCAUGCUUGGAGCAGUUGGAGCAUAUGACUGGAAUGGCACAGUGAUCAUGGUGAAGGACAGUGAUAUUUCAAUGCCAACUAAUGGCACUUUUCGUGACAGGCAUUCAGAAAAAAAUGAACCCCUUGCAGCCUAUCUAGGAUAUACUGUGAAUUCAGCACUGACACCUGGAGGCGUGCUGUACAUAGCAGGACAGCCACGAUACAAUCACACUGGCCAAGUUAUCAUUUAUAAAAUGGAAGGAAGAGAGGUACAAGUACUUCAGAGGUUAAAUGGAGAACAGAUUGGAUCAUACUUUGGGGGUGUUCUUACCACAGUUGACAUCAAUAGAGACUCAUUUACAGACCUUCUUCUUGUUGGAGCUCCUAUGUAUAUGGGAACUGAGAAAGAGGAGCAAGGGAAAGUAUAUGUUUAUAGUCUGAACAAGACAAAGUUUGAAUACCAGAUGAGUCUUGAACCUGUAAAGCAAACAUGCUGUUCGCCACUAAAACAGGACACCUGCAAAGUCCUCAAGAAUGAGCCUUGUGGUGCGCGCUUCGGGACUGCAAUUGCUGCAGUGAAGGAUCUCAACCUUGAUGGAUAUAAUGACAUUGUAAUAGGUUCUCCAUUAGAGGAUGAUCAUCGGGGAGCUGUUUAUAUUUAUCAUGGCAGUGGCAACACAAUCAGUAAAAAAUAUUCGCAGCGUAUUGCAUCAGGUGGAGAUGGGGAAAAAGUUAAAUUUUUCGGCCAGUCUGUGCAUGGAGAAAUGGAUUUAAAUGAUGAUGGACUGAUUGAUGUUACUAUUGGAGGCCUUGGUGGGGCUGCCCUCUUCUGGUCUCGUGAUGUGGCUGAAGUAAAUGUUUCCAUGCAAUUUACACCCAAAAGCAUCAAUAUUCAGCAACAAAAUUGUCAGAUAAAUAAAAGAAAAACAAUAUGCAUAAAUGCUACAAUUUGUUUUAAGACCAGACUAAAGUCAAAGGAAUAUACAUUUGAAUCCAGUCUGCAGUACUGGAUUACUCUUGACUCACAAAGACAGAUUUCUCGAAGCUUGUUCACAGAAAGCCAUGAGAGGAAAAUGCAAAAAAAUAUAACUAUCAAAGGGUCAGAAUGUAUUAAACAUAACUUCUACAUGUUGGAUAAGCCUGACUUUCAGGACUCUGUAAAGGUUUUGCUGGAGUUCAAUUUUUCUGAUCCAGAGAGUGGACCUGUUCUCGAUAGCAACCUGCCAAGCUCAAUAUCUGAAUAUAUUCCCUUCACAAAAGAUUGUGGAGCCAAAAAUAAAUGCAUUUCAGAUCUUGUUCUGAAUGUAAAAGCAAGCAUAGCUGGAGACAGCUCUUCUCCAUUCAUUGUAAAGUCACGCAAUGAUAAGUUCACCAUCCAGCUCUCUGUGAAGAACAAAAAAGACAGUGCCUAUAAUACCAGAGUUUUGGUUCAGUAUUCUCCAAAUAUUAUUUUUGCUGGCAUUGAGGAUAUACAGAAAGAUAGCUGUGAAUCUAAUCACAACAUCACCUGUAAAGUGGGAUAUCCAUUUCUAAAAACUGCAGAAGAGAUUUCUUUCAAAAUAUCGUUCCAAUUCAAUGCAUCGUAUCUCCUCGAAAACGCUACCAUUCAUGUAUACGCAACAAGUGACAGUGAAGAACCACCUGAGACCUUGAGUGACAACAGAGGACACAUAACAAUUCCUAUAAAAUACGAAGUAGGAUUAAUAUUUGUAAGUGUUUUCAAAGAGCACCAUGUUAUAAUUGCAGCAAAUGAUACUGUCCCUACUGCCAUUAACACAACAGAGCAGAUUGGAGAUGAAGUUACCCUACAUUAUAGGGUUGAAAAAGGUGAACAUUUUCCAAUGCCAAACCUCACACUGCAAAUCUUAUUUCCCAAUGUAACUGCAGCCAAGAACACUCUUCUCUACCUUACUGCAUUGUCACAUUCCCAAAAUACCAUCUGCCAAGCUAGUUACCCUGUAGAUCCCUUAAGGAUCAGCACUGGGAAAUCAUUUGUGGUGCCAAAAAUAAAAGAACCUACAAAGGAUACAAUUAUGGACUGUGAUACAUACAGCUGUGCAUCUAUUAAUUGUGCCCUGGUCCCGUCUGACUUAUAUCAAGUGAACAUUUCAUUAAGGGUUUGGAAACCUACCAUCAUAAAAGCCAGUAUUCACAGCUUAACCCUUGUUGUGAAAGCGUUACUUAGGAGUGAGAACUCGUCACUGAUUCUGAGAAAUGACCAUCAAAAACUAGAGACCAUGAUUAAGAUUUCCAAAGAGCUUCCGCCAGGUACAGUCCCCUUAUGGGUUAUCCUUCUGAGUAUCUUCGCUGGACUCCUGAUUCUUGCACUGCUUAUAUUUGCUUUGUGGAAGGCUGGAUUUUUCAAGAGACCACUAAAGAAGAAAAUGGAGAAAUGAAUUAAAAACAAAAAAAAAAAGCAGAAGUUUUUGCUCAGGUCUGCCUCUAAAAUGUUACUGUAAAAUUAUAAACUUAGAUGCAGUGGUCAAAAUUUUCUAAACUCUAAACAAGAAGCAGAACGAGAAGCAAAUCAAGCACAUGUGCAAAGGAAUGAUGCAAAGAAAGAAUAAACACCCUUAUGGCAUUCUAUGAUACUCAA